AUGGAUGAGUUCACCGACACAAUUCUCUUCUUUAGCAACGACUUCCCCAACGAUGAUCUCAAGGGUUUGUUUGCCACUCUACAACAGCGAGCUCGCGACUCCAGAUUCAGAAACCUCGCCACUUUUCUUUCCGAGUGCACGGUGGUUGUCAAGGAGGAGAUUGCUAAGCUUCCUGAUAACCUUCGUAACGAUCUUCCGCCGUUUCAAAGCAUCCCUGCUAUCGCUGCUUAUUAUACCAGCUAUGGUCCUGGUCAUGGCUGCUCGCUUGCUGCAGGACUCGAAGGUGUUCUCUUGGUAGCCUUGCAAAUUGGUAUGCUAAUAGGGCAUUACGAAUCAAAAGGUCUCACAUACACGCUUCCCCAGCCUGGGACACACCUAGCUGGGCUAAGCAUAGGGCUGUUCUCUGCCGCGGCCGUAUCCAUGUCGGCUUCCAUCUCGGACUUGACUAUUACCGGCCCUGAGUGUGCUAGAUGCGCUUUCAGGCUUGGUGUCCAUGUCGAAAGGGUUUCACAGCUUCUUGAGCCGAGGGUUACGGACGGAAAAUUGGAAAGCUGGGUCUACGUAGUGACAGGGAUGGGGGUGGACGAGAUACAGCAGGAGCUCGAUAACUACAACUUCAAGACAGCAAACCCCGAGAUUUGCAAGGUAUUUAUUAGUGCUGCAGACAAGAAUUCAGUCAGCGUGACAGGGCCUCCAUCACGUUUAAAGCGGGCGUUCCUUUCGUCUAAUCGCCUCCGGUACUCGAAACACGCCCCUCUUCCAGUGUAUAGUGGGCUAUGCCACGCUUCUCAUCUGUACAAUACUGCAGACGUCGAGUCUAUUGUACGCUGGGAAGACCCGUCACCUGUCACCUUACGGAAAGUGGUCAUUCCAGUUUUCUCCCCACAGAAUGGAACGCAUUUCCAAGCCAGCAACUCCCGCGAACUCUUGGAGGCUAUGGUUUCGGAGAUCUUGACUGGCUCUAUCUACACAGAUUCGCUCACGGAUGGCAUUGUUAAUUCCCUGUCAUCCGCUUCUCAAUGCCAUUUCCUACAGCUUCGCAUGUCAAACAUCGCUAAGGGGGUAAUCACAACCUUACAGGUCGAGCUCAGCCAAAUAUCUCUUCAGGAACACGACCUUAUUAACUGGACGGCCGAGGAUGGCUUGGCAUACUGCAAGCCGACGUCAGUACGCGACUCCAAGCUUGCUAUUGUAGGUAUGUCAUGUCGCCUUCCCGGUGGUGCCAACAACCUAGAACAGUUUUGGGACCUACUCAUGGACAAGAGAGACGUCCAUACAACAGUACCAUCCGAUAGGUUUGACCUAGAGACACACUUUGACCCGACUGGCGUAACGCCAAACUCUACACAAACACCUUAUGGAAAUUUUAUCGACAACCCAGGAUUCUUUGAUGCCGCGUUCUUUAAUAUGUCUCCACGAGAGGCAGAAACAACAGAUCCGAUGCACCGUCUCGCGCUUGUAACAGCGUAUGAAGCGCUCGAAAUGGCUGGCUUCUCACCAAACCGGACGCCAUCAACUAAUUGCAAGCGGUUCGGUACUUUCUACGGAGUAGCUGGUGAUGAUUGGCGCGAAGUCAACGCCGGGCAGAAUCAUGGAACGUACGCGGUGCCUGGAGGAGAGCGUGCCUUCGCCAAUGGCCGAAUUAACUACUUUUUCAAAUUUAGUGGACCUAGUUUCAACAUCGAUACCGCAUGUUCUAGUGGCCUCGCCGCAGUUCAUGCUGCCUGCGCGUCUCUGUGGGCAGGAGAGUCUGACACAGUUCUGGCAGGUGGGCUCAGCAUCAUUACUAACCCCGACAACUACUGUGCUUUGGGCAGAGGACACUUCCUAUCACUUACCGGCCAAUGUAAGGUCUGGGAUAAGGACGCCGAUGGGUACUGCCGCUCAGACGGAAUCGGCUCUAUUGUUAUUAAACGGCUUGAGGAUGCUGAGGCCGAUAAUGAUAAUGUGUUGGCUGUUAUAUCUUCUGCAGCUACAAACCACUCAGCUGAUGCAAUCUCUAUUACGCACCCCCAUGCUGGCAGCCAAAUCGAGAACUAUAAACAAGUCAUGCAUAGAGCGGGUGUUAAUCCCCUUGACGUGACUUAUGUCGAGCUCCACGGCACUGGAACCCAAGCUGGCGAUGCGGUUGAAAGCGAAUCAGUUACAACAGUAUUUGCCCCGGUAUCCUCUCGACAUCGGCCCGAGCAGCGCUUGCACUUGGGCGCCUGCAAAUCCAACAUUGGCCACGGUGAGGCUGCAGCAGGUAUUUCUUCGCUCAUUAAGACAGCCCUCAUAUUCCAGAAGGGGUUGAUCCCACCACAAUUCGGUGACAAGGACAAUGUGAACCCCGUUGUGCUCAAGAACAUCGAGAAACGCAACACAGGACUUACCUGGGAACCUACACCAUGGGCAAGAGGAAACAAGAAGAGAUAUGCACUUGUCAACAGCUUCGGAGCCCAUGGUGGCAAUACCUCUGUUCUACUCGAGGAAGCACCCCCUCGACAGUUGGUAGGCAUAGACAACCGCGAUGCACACAUCAUCUCUCUAUCUGCCAAGAGCAGAUACUCCCUCCGUGCAAACGCUGAAUCUCUACUUCAGUUCUUGAAGGGCCAUCUAGACACAGAUCUGGGAGACCUCUCAUACACGCUAUUCGCCCGUCGCAUGCACCACUCGAUGAGAAUUGCGGCCUCCGUGACAUCAGUGCCGCACGCGAUAAGCUGGUUGGAGUCGUCUCUCGAGGAAAUAGGGGAGAUUAAAUCCAUUUCAUCAACUAUCCCCCCUGUCGUGAUGAUGUUUACGGGUCAGGGAGCCUUUUACAAGUCAAUUGGGACCCAACUCUAUCGCGACAUGCCAUUCUAUCGAACUGAAGUCCAUCAACUGGAUUGUCUCGUCCAGCGACUGGGGUUCCCCUCUGUCGAGCCUUAUCUAUCUGGAUCAAGCCAACAUGAAGAGACCGACCCUUCAGCCAUCAUCACCCAACUCUCAAUCCUAGUAACCGAAAUUGCUCUCGGGCGGCUUUGGAACUUGCUUGGCGUACACCCCAGCGCUGUCAUCGGCCAUAGCCUUGGUGAAUACGCUGCAUUUGUCAUGGCCGGGGUUCUAUCAACUGUGGACGCCAUCUUCCUCGUGGGUAUUCGAGCUUCACUCAUAGAAUCCAAGUGCAACCCAAGUACCCAUGUCAUGCUCUCAGUACGAGCAAGCGUCAAGACUAUUGAGGAAACAUGUUCUGGUAUGGCUUACGAGCUUUCGUGCAUAAACGGCCCGCAGGAUGUAGUCAUCAGUGGGCAUAUUGAUCAUAUCGAGGGCAUCAAUAAGCGGCUACAACAGGAGAAUAUCAAGACUGUUGUACUUGAUAUUCCAUAUGCAUUCCACACGUCGCAGAUGGAUCCCAUUCUAGAUGAGUUUGAAGAGAAGGCACGACAUGUCACGUUCAAGCCCCCACAGCUCCCCGUCAUUUCACCGCUGCUUGGUGAAUGUGUUUUUGACGGAAAGACUAUCGGCGCCCAGUAUGUGCGUCGUGCAUCGCGCGAGCCAGUCAAGUUCGUCGAUGCCCUCGAUGCCGCCAGAGAUCUUGGAGUCGCUGAUAUCAAUGCUGUGUGGCUUGAAGUAGGGCCUCAUCCUAUUUGCAAUACCUUCGUUCGCAACUGGUCUCCAGGUACGGCCGUCUUUGCUUCUAUCCGAAGGAAGGAGGAUAACUGGACCACUAUGGGGACCACUAUAGCUGCCUUAUAUCGACUAGGCGUGCGUAUCUCUCCCAAUGAGUGGUUCAAGCCGUUUGAAAAGACACACCAAAUGCUUCUUCUACCUUCCUACCGAUGGAAUGAAAAAAACUAUUGGAUUCCGUAUGUUGGCACUUGGACGCUAGACAAGGCGUAUCCCAAGAUACAGUCGCCUCAGGGUAAAGAAAGACCACUAAACUUGUCAUCAACGUUUCAAACGUCAUCCAUCCAAAAUAUUCUCCUAGACAAGGUGUAUACGGAGGAAGCCAAGGCUGAGGUCGAGACUCUUUCAGAUCUGAAGCAUCCUUCACUCUUCCCAUCCGUUGAAGGACACAAUAUGAACGGGUUUGGCGUUGCAACUAGUUCCAUUUGGGCCGACAUGGCAUUGACAGUUGGCGAAUACAUUUACAAGCGGCUUGUUUCUGACCACGACGGUGAGGUUGCCAUGAACAUUGUUGACAUGGAGGUACUCCAUGCCCAGGUCGUCUCAACAGACAAGUCAACACCACACCUCAUUCGAGUCAGGGCGGAAUGUCAGCUAGCCGACCCGACGACGACGACGGUGACUUGGCACCAUGUUGAGGCUAACGACACAGGCGCAGAUGCUCCGUUCGCAAGCUGUACCGUCCUCUAUGAAGAUCCUAAAACCUGGCAGCGGGAAUGGAGUCACGUCACGCAUCUUGUACAGUCACGUAUCGAUGAGCUGGACCGUCUUGCAGCAACCGGCGAAGGCGGGGCCAACCGUCUAAGUCGCAACAUGGCGUACAAUCUGUUCCGCAAUGUUGUUGACUACUCCGAGACCUACCGUGGUAUGCAGUCUGUCGUGAUGCAAGACUUUGAAGCUGUUGCCGAUGUGUCGCUCGGCGAUGCCUCCAGGAUUACAAAGGGCGGCAUCUGGCACUCGCCGCCACAUUGCAUCGACAGCAUCUUUCACGUCGGUGGCUUAGUACUCAACGGCAGUGACGCCUCAAACACACGGGAUUUCUUCUAUGUCACUCCCGGAUGGGGCAGUUGCCGGAUGUUGCGACGGUUCCGGGCUGGCGACAAGUUCCGCAGCUACGUUCGCAUGAGCCCUAUGGCCAGUGAGUGUGGCGGUAAAGAUGAGAACAACGCCUUGAAAAACAUGUUUGCCGGCGAUGUGUACGUUUUGCAGGAUGGGGAGGUAGUGGCCAUGUUGCGCACAAUGAAGUUCCGCCGCGUACCACGGACCCUAAUGGAUCGUUUCUUCAGUCUGUCUGCAGUCACAUCUGGAGCACCUGCACAUGCUGGCAAGACUAUAACAACGACUGCAAUGGUCAAGCCCGAAUCGGCGGUUACUCAAGCCUCCAAGGGUGAUUCUUCAGUUGCAAAGCCCUUUGCUUCCGGGGCUCAACCUAUGAAAGAGAUAACAAUCGCAGCACUAGCGGCGGAGGCGGCACCCGUGGUAUCCAAGAGCAGCCCUAGCGAUCCCGUCUCUGAAGGUAUUGUUUGCUCCUGCAUGAAACUCAUCAGCCGUGAGACUGGUCUCACUACAGACCAGCUCCAGGACGACGCCACGUUUGUGGAGCUAGGGGUCGACUCGCUCAUGUCGUUGGUGCUAUCCGAGAAGCUACGCGACGAGUUAUCGCUCGACAUAAAGAGUUCCUUAUUCCUAGAAUGUUCUGAUAUUAAGGCCCUCAAGGAAUGGCUGCUGGAGUACUGCUGA